AUGUGGACACCUUCUAUGGAAGAUGAGCACCCUGCAGGUAUGGUCCGAGUCACGCUCAAGUGCGGAAUUCACCACAACCAACCAGUAGUAGCCGGCUUCGAACUUAUUUCGCCCCGCGGAUCAUGCUACAGAUUUUCGAUCUGGUCCGAUGGUGGAGAAGUCAGGCUCCCUAGGGAUUUAAAGACUAAGACAGACCCCAACAUUGACUCUAACUUGACUUCGCUGCCCAUUUCUUGUAGUCGACCAUUAGAUACAGAAUAUGGUGAAAGGCACUUCGAUUUGGUCCGGUCUUGGCUCAAAAUAUGUCGAAAUAAUCAUAAAUCAUGCAAGAUCGAUGCUACAGAAUUGGCGGAUGACAGUCACGCAACGAUUCUACCAACGCGUUUAAUCGAUCUCGAGCACAUGCCAGAUAGGGUUGUGGCUUUGGUCAACACAAAAGGGCGUAAAGGAAAGUUCUGUGCCCUCAGCUACUGCUGGGGGAAAAGUCAACACAAAACCACAACGAAAAAGACAAUCACGCAGCACGAGAAUGGAAUUGAUAUUGAGGACCUACCGCAGGUUUUCAAGGAUGCAUUUCGGACGACACUCGAAAUUGGACUGCGUUAUAUUUGGAUAGAUUCCCUCUGUAUUAUCCAAGACGAUGAAGAAGACUGGAGAGCAGAAGCAGCUCGUAUGUCUCAGGUAUACUAUAAUGCAGAUCUUGUCAUAGCCGCUGCAGGAGCUUUAGAUCCGACAGAAGGUUGCUUCUUAAACAGAAGAACGCCAAGCCGUCCAGCACUUCAGAUAAUCACUACGACCAAUCCCGAGAGAACGGCCCACGUCUGGGUACAAGAACACAUUCAAGGAAUUCUACCUUCUGAUGGGCCUCUACAAACGCGGGGGUGGACUUUACAAGAGACGCUUCUAGCUCGACGUUCCUUACACUUCAUGCCUGAUGGUAUGCAUUGGCAAUGUCGAGAACUUAAUACGAGCGAAAGGUUUUUUGGGGAGUCUGUUGUUCUGGACCGUCACUGGCUUCCCAUUUUAGAAAACUUCUCAGAGCGCGAGCUAUCCAAGAAAGAGGAUCGUCUAUUUGCCAUCCAAGGUAUGGCAAAUGUUAUCAAACAAGAGAUUCCAACCAGUGGAGAUUACUGUAAUGGGAUAUUUUCGUCUAAUAUACCAGAACAAAUCCUAUGGUCUGUGAAAAGAUAUCUUGGAAAAGGUGGGCCUUGGGAUGGCGCCCCUACCUGGUCUUGGGCUCAUAUCAGUGGGGGAAAAGCCUUCUGGUUUACUAGAGGCGAGAUCAAGGUAACACUGCAAGCGCUUAACUCACGAGUAUGGACGGCUCUAAUAGGGGAAAAUGUGUUGCAAUUCUCGGGCUACGCCUCAGUCUUCAAACUUCCCAAGCUUUUGACACCACCAGAGACAGCCACUUGGCCAGAUAUAUAUGAAGCUGCUGUAAUCGAUACUAUGAAGCUUCGUGCGGGUAACAUACACACCAUGGCUUUUUCCUAUAAGAGGGGAAGUAAAGUAUUUGGAUUUGCUACACUUGAUGACGGAUUCAAAUUUGAAGUCACUGCUAUUUUCUUGGCCGAGAAAAGUUGGCCAAACAUACAACUAGAGAGGAAACACAGAAACCAGCUAUACAGAAAUACCCAGUUCCCUGAACUUCCCAACCCACCAAGUCGCGCAUUGUACAUCUGUCUUCUUUUAUGUCCUUCUCCUAAUCCUGCUUCCGUAGUGGCGACACUAGAUGUGACUAGCACUGGUGAGUCGUCUGUAACAGCGGUCAUAGAGGAUACAACCACUACCGCAGCUUCGGAGACAACAGCAGAGGAUGCUACCACUACUGAAGUGCCUGUCCAAACGAUCCUAGAGACUACAGCUACCGCCAAUACUGAGGCAACAAUGCCUGUCAGCACCAGUACCGCACCAGCAGCCAACCCAACCUACGCCCUACGCGCCAACGGUGGAAACCUCACCAAUCAGCAGCCCCAAUCGAACAUCGAGCUGACAUCCGCCCUUAUCUUCGAUCCAGCCUCCCCUAUGACAGGCGGCGUUCGAACAUUCACCGUCGAGCCCAUCACCGGCUGUCUCAAAGAUGCCAACGGCGAAGCCUACGUGUGCGCCUACUACGAAGGAUCUCGCGGCAUGUCCCCUCCGCCUGUAGUCGGGUACUGCAAUCCCAACAACACCAGCCCCAACAAGUCAUCCGAUUACCUGAAGUGCCAUAUUGAUAGUGGCGCUCUUUCAUGUGGAAAUGAUGUUUAUGACAAGUUUUUCACCGACGCAAAUGGAGCUAUAGGAGACAAGAGUUAUUUCUGGUAUAUUGGAACUGGUAGCCCUGUUGGUAUCACUCCUUUCUCGAUAACUGUUGCCGAGAUGUAA